AUAGGAAACAGGCAUAAGACACGCACGUAUAUAUACCUUGCUAAUUCCUCUCUCUCCCUAAUUUCUUCUUCCUAGAGAAAAAACAGAUACUCCAUUCUGCUCUGAGAACUGACAGCAAGCACUAACGCCUUUAAGCGAUGGCAUUAUCCCUGGCAUUGCUGUUCCUGACUGCUAUGUUCAUGCCCUUCUUUUAUGUAAAUGGACAGAAUCCAGAUAUCAAUCGUCUGUCAACUACCCGACCAGAAGUCCAAAAGGAAAUUGUGGAUGUUCACAAUAUUGCAAGAAGAAACGCUUCUGCCACCAAUAUGCUGAAGAUGGGAUGGAACAGUUUGGCAGAAAAAAAUGCUAGAAAAUGGGCACAACAUUGUAUUUAUGAACACAGCAAAGGAGAGGAUCGAAUGGCCGAUAUAGGCGCUUGUGGUGAGAAUCUCUUUAUGUCAAGUGUUCCAUCUACGUGGUCAGAAGCGAUUCAAAGCUGGGAUAAUGAGAAAUAUGAUUUCACAUAUGGUGUAGGUCCAAAGAGUCCCCAAGCAAUGGUCGGUCACUAUACGCAGGUUGUUUGGUUCUCAUCUUACCAAGUUGGAUGUGCAGUUGCCUACUGUGCCAACCAGGCGUUAAAAUACUUCUAUGUUUGUCAAUAUUGUCCUGCUGGUAAUAUUCAACCCAGAUUAUAUACGCCUUUCGAACAAGGGAAGCCCUGCGCAAGAUGUCCUGGUGCCUGUGACAAUGGGCUGUGCACCAAUAGCUGUGAAUAUGUUGAUGACUAUUCUAACUGUGACAGUUUGAAGGCACAGGUGUCAUGUAAUCAUCCUCUCGUUAAGAAAAGCUGCAAGGCUUCCUGCAACUGUCAAGGCAAAAUCUAUUAAGUCUUCAGUAUGGACUGUGCAAUGCCAUGUCAUCUCCUUGUCUGGCUUUUACUGACAUCAAGAUUGUAUGCAUGUAAAUUCAAAUUUAAUUCCAAACGGUUAUGACUCUUUAUUACUA